AAGUUAACUAGCGAGAGCACCAAGACGUACGCAGUGGAGAACUAGCUAUACUGAUGGAGGUAGAGUCAGCGAGAGCGAGUGACAGCGUCAGCGAGAGCAGGUGGUCGAAGCUGGCUGUGACGCUUCCCGUCAGGAACGUCCAGGCUCUGGCGGCGUCCACCGGCGACAUGACGGCCGAGGUGAUUGAGCGGUACAUACAGCCGGACAUCGACGCGUUCGCUGUUCUCGAUGAGCACUCCGACGAGGUUCCGGUGAUCGACGUCAGCAAGCUUUCGAGCCCCGAGUCCGUCGAGGCAGAGGCCGCUAAGCUCAAGUUUGCCUGUGCGGAGUGGGGAUUUUUUCAGGUUGUAAAUCAUGGAAUACCAGAUGAGGUCAUCAUGGGUAUGAAGCAUGACAUUCAGAAGUUUUUUCAACUCCCCCCCGAUGUUAAGAAUGCAUAUGCUCAGCGGCAAGGGGAUCUUCAAGGUUAUGGUCAAGCGUUUGUUGUCUCUGAUGAUCAAAAGCUAGAAUGGGCUGACAUGUUUGCGCUCUUCGCCCAACCACCCGAAGCCCGUGAUAUGAGUUACUGGCCAUGUGAACCCCAUACUUUCAGGUGA